UUCUGAAGUAAAUUGAAAUCAUAUAUAGACACUUCCUAUGUGUACUACUACCCUAUCAUCAUCUCCCACAACUCACAACCACCACCAUGAAUCCUUCAUUCCUCAUAGGCCUCUUUGCUCUCCUCUUCACCAAAUCCCUCUCCCUUUCACCCAAUCCAAAACCCAUAUCAAAUAUCACCAUCAUCGGCACCGUCUUCUGCGAUGCAUGCUCUGACAACACCUUCUCCAAGCACUGCUACUUCCUACAAGGUGUUAAAGUGAGAGUUGAUUGCAUGUUCAAAGUGAAUUCCACAUCAAAAGAAGAGAUUUCCAUCACUGUUGACAGAGUCACUGAUAGAUUUGGUGUGUAUAAGCUGGAUAUCCCACCUGUUGAUGGCUUUGAAUGCAGAGUGGGGAGGGAGAUAGAGUCCUUCUGCAAGGCCAGCUUGUUGGAGAGCCCUUCUACUCUCUGCAAUGUCCCUGAACUAAGUAGUUCAAUAGAACAUGUUUCCCUAAAGUCCCCUGGGGGGACUAUGUGUCUAUAUAACCUAAAUGCAUUGUAUUAUAGGCCGGGAAAGAAGGAUGAUGGAUUGUGUGGGACUCAAGGAGAAGGAUUGCAUAAGCAUAACCCUUUGAAUUCCUCUCUCUUCUUCUUUUGGCCACCUUUCCCACCAUUUGGAUUCCCAUGGCCGCAUUGGCCGUAUUGGUCACCUUCUCUCCCACCACUUCCUUUCUUUACACCACCACCAUCUUUCCCCUUCCCCCUCCCUCCUAUACCAUUCUUCACUCCGCCGCCGCGGGCUUUGCCUUUCCCCUUCCCUCCUAUACCAUUCUUCACACCCCCACCACCACCAGUUUUUCCUUUUCCUUUCCCUUUCCCUCCUUGGUCACCAUCUCCGAAGCCGCCGCCACCUUCCUUUCCUUUUCCCUUUCCUCCGUUACCUCCGUUUCCAUCUCUCUUCCCACCUCCACCGCCGCCGCCACGUUCAUUUCCCUUCCCUUUCCCACCCCUUCCUCCAAUUAGUUCAUGGUUUACACCACCACCACCACCACCUCCUCCUCCUCCUCCGCCGGCAUUUCCUUUCCCAUUUCCUCCAUUAAUCCCUCCUCUUAUCCCAAGCCCGCCCCAACCAUCUCCAUAACCACCUACCCUUUCAUUAAUAGAACCCAGGUCAUGGUUCCUAACCAUCCUCCAUUCUCUCGUAAGCAACCAUAGACCAAUCAUUUGCUUAUCUUCAGCCUUUCUUUUUAUAUUUUUGAGCAUAAUUACAACCUUUCCUUUUUAUUUUAUGUAGAUUAUAUAUAAAUUGUUGAUUAUAGUGUACAAACUGGCCGAAAUUAUAAACUUAUAAUAAAUCCCAAUGGGGCAGCUGGCAUAAUUUUGUUUCUCUCAUCA